UCAUGGACAUCUUGAUAAUACUCAUUCAUUGUUGCAACGGCUUCUGAACACGAAGGAAUUAGUGAAAAUUUGCUGACUUAUACAAUUUAUAACAUUUAAAAUUUUAUAGUGUUAUUUCUUUAUUUUUGUUAAGAAGUUAUUAUAGUAGAUUUAUCAAAAUGUUCUGGGGUUUGAUUAUGGAACCAAAUAAACGAUACUCUCAACUUGUUGAGAGAUCGUUCCAUCUUUCAAUGGCCAGUUUGGAUGUCACAAGUGCGAAUGAUCAACCAGUUCAAGUGAUGCUGUGCUAUGAAAAUCGGAAUUAUUUGCUGUGCACGCUAAAAAAAGGAUCACAUUAUCAGGUGCCUUUGGAUUUGAAUUUUCAGGAAGGUACAAAAAUUGCGUUCACUUGUAAUGGAUUUGGUCAUGUGCAUUUAACAGGAUAUUUAACAUUGGAUGAAGAUUUUGAUUUUGGUGAUUUGGAAGAGGAAGAAGAUGAGGACGAGGAGGAAGAGGAAAUUCCCCAAUUAGUUAAAAAUAAAAGAAAAGCCAUAGAUUCACCAAAAAAUAAUAAAAAGAAAAUAAAGAAACAAGAAACUGAAAAUGAUAACGAAUCGUCUGAUGAUGAUGACGAUGAUGAUAUGGAAGCAGAAUCAGAUUCUGAAAAUGACGACAGCAAAUUAAUGGGUGAAGAUGAAGUUGAUAGUGACGAAAGCGAUGACGACGAUGAUGAGGAGGAAGAUGAUAGUGAUGAUGAUGAUGAGGAGCAAGAAGUCGAGAAACCAAAACAGAAACAAAAACAAAAUCAAUUACAACAAAAUCAAGUUGGCAAGAAACAAGAUAAACAGAAAAUGGUUAAUGGAAAAGAUGCCAAGCCUGAUGGAAAACAAAAGAAAAAUAAGCCCGAGCAACAACAACAACAACAAAAUUCCCAACAACAGAAGAGAAGAACUAUUGAAGGCGGAGUACAAGUAGAAGAUCUUAAAGUUGGAAAUGGUACACCCGCGAAAGCUGGUAGAAAUGUUUCCGUCUACUAUGUUGGACGAUUGAAAAAUGGAAAAAAAUUUGACGAAACAAAGCAAGGCGAGGGAUUUAAAUUCAAAUUAGGAAAUGGUGAUGUCAUCAAAGGAUGGGAUGUCGGUAUAUCAGGAAUGAAAGUUGGUGGAAAACGACGUCUAACAAUUCCCGCAGCUAUGGCAUAUGGACACAAAGGAUCGCCACCAGUAAUUCCUGGCAACAGCACACUUGUAUUCGAGGUUGAAUUGAAGAAUGUACAUUGAUAAGAGACAAAAAGUGACAGAUAUUUUUUUUUCUUUUGUUUUUUUUUUUUUAUUUAGUUUUGAUACAAAAAAUAAUACUGUUUCUGAAAGAUUUCUCUUUUUUCAGAUUUUUUAUAGAUUCUUUUUAUCAGUAUUUAAGUGUAUCACUUUAUUCAUUUUAGGCUAAUUGAUUUUUAUUUUUAGUAUUUUAUAUAAUUUGGAGAUGUGAAUUUUUCUCAAUAUUUGAUAUUGAGAUAAAGUUCCUCACUCAUUCCAUGCCGGUUAAACUAUAGUAUCUAUAAAAAUGUAACAUAUAUAUUUUCAAAACAAGAUUGAAAAAAUUACAUAUUCAUUAUUCUUUGUAAUAAAAAGUUUAUUCAUCUUUCUCAUAAA